UGAUUGGCCAAGCACUUACCUGCGCUCGCCCUGGAUUGGGCACCGGCUUGGUCGGCUCGCUGGUUCCUAAGGGCCUCGCUCUCUGAUUCGCCGCUCGGGCCAGCCCCACAGCCUGCACACUGAAUGGUCGCGCUGCUACCUGUACUGGCCUCUGAUUGGCUGCGCCGCGCCUCCUUGGCUUGAUAGGUCAGGACCACCGCCCCCCUGGCUCCCCAUUGGCUGCUUGGCGAAGCCCGGUCUCCGGGUAAGAUGGCAGCGGACGGACACUGCUCGCUCCCCGCUUCAUGGCGGCCGGUGACCCUCACCCACGUCGAAUAUCCUGCAGGUGAUCUCUCAGGCCACGUCCUUGCCUACCUGAGCCUCAGCCCUGUGUUUGUCAUCGUUGGUUUCGUGACCCUCAUCAUAUUCAAGCGGGAGCUGCACACGAUCUCAUUCCUCGGGGGCCUGGGACUGAACGAGGGGGUCAACUGGCUGAUCAAACACGUCAUCCAGGAGCCACGGCCCUGUGCAGGCCUCCACACAGCAGUGGGCACCAAGUACGGGAUGCCCUCCAGCCAUUCCCAGUUUAUGUGGUUCUUCUCCGUCUAUUCCUUCCUUUUUCUGUAUUUAAGAAUGCACCAAACGAACAACGCCAGGUUCCUGGACUUGCUGUGGAGGCACGUGCUCUCCCUGAGUCUCCUCACUUCGGCCUUUCUAGUCUCCUACAGCAGGGUCUACCUGCUGUACCACACCUGGAGCCAGGUGCUCUAUGGGGGCAUCGCUGGGAGCCUCAUGGCCAUCGCCUGGUUCGUCUUCACCCAGGAGGUCCUCACUCCGCUGUUCCCCAGGAUAGCAGCCUGGCCUGUCUCCGAGUUCUUCCUAAUCCGAGACACAAGCCUAAUUCCCAACGUGCUCUGGUUUGAGUACACAGUGACCCGGGCGGAAGCCAGGAACAGACAGCGCAAGCUGGGGACGAAACUACAGUGACUGGUGGGUGUGGCUGGGUCCAGCCUUCAGGUCUGGCCUGCACAAUGCCUUGCAGGAUGGACGAAAUGAUGGACAGAGCAAUGAAGCAGAGACCUCUACAGAUCCAAGUUACCAAGUGGAGCCUUUUUUUUUUCUUAUUUUAAUUUUGGUGAACAAAGUGGACCAAAGGGCCAAACCAGCCCCUCAACCAGGACCCUGGAGGGCCUGUUGCCAGGGGGCCACAGGGCCAGAGACCCUUGCUGUGCUGCUGCCAGCCCCUGGUUGGGCAGAAAGUGCCCUUGGCAUGGGCACCAGUGUGUGGGGUAGAGGAGGAGGGCUUGUGCCUCUGGUCUUGGGGCCAGGAAAUCCAGGUGGCAUGAGAAAUACACACUAUUUAUUUUUUGGUUUUUGUCAAAGGCAUAUAGGAUUUUGGAGAUGGGCCGGACGAGCCUGUUCUGCGGUGGCUGCACUGCAUACAGAGGGGCCCAGGUCAGCUUCCCAGGCCCUUUGCCUUGAGCCCAGGGGGGAAGACUACCUCUCCCUGGACCUGAGCGGUGGCCUGGGGGACCAGGAGGAGGGGGGUGUCCCCAUCCCCUCCCUGCCACCAUUGCCAUUCCAGAACCUCAUUCAGUGUUUCCUUGUUUGGGGGCAAGGGCCCAGAGAGAGCAUGCAUCUGGCAGCUGCUAUCAUUGUGUCCUACCCCGUAUUGACCCUAUACCAUAAGGGCUUUCUCUGGUCCCCUGUCCCCAAGACAAUGGUCCCUUUCUGACAAAAGAGCCUGCACGUUGUGGGUGAGUAAACCCAAGCUGUUUACAGCUCUUUGUUGUCCUGCCAUCCGGUAGCAGUUAGUCUUCAUCCCCACUCCUCGAACAAAAUGCUAAGGCACCAGGAGCCGGGGUGAAAGGAAUGGGGCAGUGGGUGCCUGACAUCCCCCUCCCUUUUCUCUGCGUGUUCUGAACAUGUCCUUUCUACCCACCUUUGAUAGGCUGGGAAUCUGCUCUGGCUCACCCUUGAGCCUGUGUCAGGGUCUGGGCUCACAGAUCCCUCCCGGCCCAGCUUGGAGGAGGGUGCCUCCUAAAGGGCCUGAUCUCUAAGUCGCUCUGAGACGGAGUGGUGGAGAGGAGAUGCUUCCAGACCCUUGGGAGUUUCUAGAAAUGAACCAGGCCACUCGGGAUCUGUGUUCAAAUCCUUUUCUCCCUCUUUUCUUUGUGGAGGUUCCUAAUCUGCUGCUGAAGCACAAUAUUUUGGUGCUUUCUUUUCUCAUUUGUUAAAGACAGUGUCCAAAAGCCAUUCCAGAUGCCAGGACCAGGGGCUUAUUUCUGGGGAAGGUAGGUCAGUCCCCACAUUUCCCUCCCCUUCCCUUAUUUUUAUUUUGUACUUUUUGCCUGAGACAAGCCAAGUGUGAAGUGGUUUGAUUUAAGAAAAAUCAUUGAAAUUGUUUACUAUUGUUUUAAAAUAAAAUCGUAAAUUCUGGC